AGUCACAUGUCUGCGAUAAUGAAGCAUCUGUCCCACUACCUUCUUCCUCGCUUCGUUCUGGAAGCACACCUCCCACUCUUGCUGAAGACGCAGCAUUUAGAAGAUGAGCACACUACGCUUCGAACCGCGAUCCAACCCUACUCAUCCCGAGCUCUAACGCCCGACUGUGCUCACCGUCCACCCUACUGAUUACUGAUAAUCUCGACGCCCAAGGUGGGCAAGCUGCAUACAAUGCUUGUCUGGAAAACGAGCCACCUCUUGGCCGCGCUUUCCGCAGCUUCACUGGCUUCCUCGGCUACAGUGGCUAAUCAUCAGUCACCCUUCUUGCAUCCCCUCCAUUCGGAUCUCGCUCAUGUGGAAGGAUCUGCACAACGCUUCGGUCUCACUCCCUCAGGACUUCACAUCAACUCGGCCCCUGGACAUGCCUCCCGUCUGCUCCUCCAUUUUCAUCCAGAUCACUACGAUGACAUCCUCGCAGCCAAGAAUGACGCGCAACCCAUUUUGGAGUGGACCCGGACGCAAAAGAGGGAUUGGGAAGAGGUAACGCUGGGAUGCGGAGCCAAGAGAGGCGCAGUGGGAGGCGUUGAGAGCUGUAGAGAGGAUGACCUGCGCGCCAAAGGGACAAGUGAGCUGAGACAAGAAGAUGCCGAUGGCCGACAAGUCGACGCUGGCUGUACUCCCACAGAGGUCCACCCUGAUGGUAGAGCUUACUUUGCGGACUGCGCUCCUGCGCAUGAGCUUCUCUCAGCAAUCGGUGGGGAUAGGGAAGGAGCGACUGGUAAGGAUGUCAGUGUCGGCCUGUGGAGUGCCGUAGCUCGCUUGCGUCUCCCCGGAAGGGAUAGCGCCUCGUACCAGUGGUGGGUGGCCCAUGUGCAAAUGCCAAGAGCCAAUUGGCCUUUGGUAACACCCAAUACCGAAGCUGUCUCAUCAGUCAAUCGCGUCGCUGGCUUAAUGCAAGAUCCCUUCAUUGCCAAGGCAGGCCAAGCCAGGUCGAAUGACGAGAUGAAGGGCGUGGAUUUACGCUGGUCUGGCUGGAAUGGGGACGUGACAAUCAGAGUACCCGCCCCGAGUGCAGUCGCAAACAUGUCCACACCCGACGACGCACGCGAGUCUGCAGCCGUUGGCGAAUCAAUCUGGGCACCUCUCCAAGCUCCAUGGGGUGGCCAAGUGGUCUGGAUUGGAAAUUACACCCGUCCAUUCCCGCCCCUCAAUAAGCUGAAUAACGAGCACGGCAUCUGCGUAUCGAUUCGCAACGAGUGGGGUUUUGUGCUGCGCUUAUGCGGAGAGAUACAGCCUCAGGUCAGCUUGGGAGACCUGGUGGCUCAAGGAGACCAUAUUGGUCGCGUCUCGCGGCUGCCGGCUUCGAGGGAACCGAGAUCCAAACGCAGGCCGGCCGACCCGCCAAAGAGAUCAGAUGCUCCUUCGAGUCGAGAGAAGAGGUAUCCUUACAGAUUCAGCAAAUUGAGAGUUGCCGUUGCUCGGCCGGAUCCCCGGUGGCAAGAGUGGAAAAGUCCGGAUGAUCCUGGCUGGCACUUUUACGACCCACUGCAUGCUCUGCAAGAGUCUAGGCCGUCUUCUCCGAUACCUCCAUACAGCUCCCUGGAAAAGGUCUUUUUUGCAAGGCCCACAGCUGCGUCCGCGCUGAAUGGCAGCUCACCGGACGUGUUCGGCACGUCCACGGACUUUUUCAAGCCCGUCCUGAGCGGCAAUGUAGAGCUGAUCGUAGCCUACGAGGCUUUCUUGCCCACUCCUGAUGAUGCCGAAGAUGGCGUAGAUCCGCUCAGCUUGUACAAGCUCGAGUGGGCUAGCUGGAGAGAAUUGGAUCAGGGACCCUGGACUGGCACUUGCCAACUCCCCGAUGGCGUGGGCUGGCGUCCCGCCUUUCGACCUGACACUCUUGGCACUGGCACUGUCGGAAGCAACCUCACUCUUCAGCAGACGAAGCUUUUGUCUCCUUACGUGCCCCUGUUCAAAGUGGGUCGGUUCUUCCCCACCGUCUACUCGUCCCAAUUCGACGAAAAGUCUCGAAGGCUGUUCUACUCGCCUACGAGAUAUCGAGCGUCUGAUGGCACAGCCGAUCCUCGAGCCUCGUGGGACACGACGAGGGAGAGGGAUGGUGACAUCAUCAUCGUCUUCAAGGCUAGCACCUACUUCGGCACUGUGCCAUCCUGCCAAUUGCACGCUCGCGUCAAGAUAGACAACGCCAGCCGUCGCAUCCGCAAAUGA